GAAAAGUUGUAAAAAUAUGCGCUAGAGUUAAGUUUUGGACCGUUCCAAAUAAAUUCUUGAACGAUCAGAGGGAGAAACCUCGGAAAAGGAUCAAAUGGGUUUGCUCAAAGAAGCAAAGGAGAAUCAGCUUAAGAAGAAAGUCGAAGAAGGUUUAUGGUCAGGUUCAGAGUCUAACUCGGGAAGCUUGCCAGCUCUUCGCAGCAAAAUGAAGGACAGAGCUCUCAAAGAGUGUGAUCACUAUGCUGCAAUAUUUGCUGAAUGUGCUCGAGGAAGAACACUCUCUGUAGCUUGGAGAUGUCGAGAACAAGCAAAGAAGUUGAAUACCUGCCUUCACCAAUACACAAAUGAUGAGGUAUUGGAGGAGUACAAGAAAAAUUACAUCUUGGAACAAGAACGCAAAGCAAAGUUGUAAACUGUGAAGUUUCUUGACACUUUAUUUUUUGAAGGAAGAGUUACAUUCUAAUUUGUUAUUCAAGAUGUAUAUGUCAUCUAUAGACUGCAAGUGUAGCCUAUAUGAUCAGGCAUUGGUCAGAUAUCUGGGUAACGAGUCUAAAAGUGCCAAUUUGUAUUAAGAUCUGCACAUAUUUUCUUUUCAUUACUGAGUAGAGGAUUCCACCUUGGUAAAAGAAAGAAUUUUAAAAGAUAAAAAACAAAAAAAAUCAUCAUUGUAUCUAAACCUAGAAGGUUUGAUGGAGUACAAGAUCAUAUCUUAAUAUGACAAGGCAUUUGGAAAAUACUAUGUAGCAUUAAUACCAAUAUUUCUAUCAAACUCAGUGAUUCAUGAUUGGGAGGAAACAGAUAUUUUAAGAACAAUAUUUUUUUCAUUUUAGAGAUCUUUAUUAUUUGCAUCGUC